AUUUGUUAACUUAUGAAAGUUAUUUUUUUAUUUUCAUAGCUCGUUAAUAAUAAGUAUUAUAAAGAAAUACACAAUAUGGAUAUCAUGGAACAAGAAAAUCAGAUCCUUGACGAUUCAACAAAGCAAACAAAAGUAAAAAAGAGCAAAUAUGAUAUAGCAAUAGAAAAUUCAUUCUAUGCUAGUGAAGAUAUUUUGUUUGGUACCAAGAGAAACUUUAAGCGCUAUCCAAAAAAUGAUAGUGAUUCCUUCGCGGAUGAAACAAAUAGUAGCAAGAAAAAAAUACCUAACAAGUUGCUUAAAAAAGAACUACAAGAUAUUACAGAGAGAAAUGUCAAUUUGGAAAAAUCGCUUGAGGAAAAAAAUGUAGAGAUUACAGAUCUGAAACGUUCAGUAAACUCUUUAAACGACGUGUUAAACUCUAUACCAAUUGAUGAAUUGCGUUGUAAUUCUUCGGUUGCAUCAAACAAGAUACUAGAAUUAAGCACGAAAAAUCGGCAACUGCGUUCGGAACUAGACAACGCCAAAGCUCGUUGUGGCAAGAAGGAGUCAAUUAUACAAAAAUUGCAAGACGAUUUGAGAAAAUUGCAGGAGAAACCGCAGACUGAAGACACAGCGAAAAAUAAUCCAUCCCCUCUAGCAGAGACGCAAGCUAAACUCAAUGCUAUGCAACAGAAGUUCUAUGAGAUGCGAAAUAGAAAUAUAGAAUUACAAACACAACUGAAAUGUGCGCAGAAGUGCAUACAGCAAGAGCUUGGUGAAAAUGUGAAUGUAACGCAGUUAUUGAAUUCUUUCUCUUCACAUCAGCCCACUUGGCGUGGACGUGCUCAACAAAUUCUUCAUUUGCAACAAAAAGUUAAGGAAUUAAGAGAGCGAUUGGAUGGCUACGAGAGAAUGCCGGCUACAGGACGCAGUGACACCACACUUACAUCGAAUAUGAGUCAAAGUCAGAUGACAUAUGAUGCAGAUAGUCAAAAUCCAAUUGAAAGUGGUUGCACUUUCGAUCGUUUUAAUCCUGUGGUGCGAAAAACAGAAAUCCAACAUCGUGCUAAACUUGAGAAGAUGGAAAAAGAGAUUAACAUACUUAAAAGUCAGCUAGAAGAACAGCGUAAUAAGGCACUUGCGUUGAAAGUGCGUAACAAAACGCUGAACGAUGAAUUAGCUGAUCAAAGAAUGCGAUUGAUGACACUUACAAAACAAACUGAUUCCUAUCAGGAUAAAUGUCUUGAGUCCAUACAUGAACGUUUGGGUAUACAAAAGAAUCACUACGAAAUACGCAUCAAUGAAUUGACUUGUGAGAUGGAAGAGGCUGUUAAACUACGAAAUGAAGCUGAGCAUAAUGUAGAGAAAAUGCAGUACAAAUAUGAAAACGUUGAAGAUGCCUUAAUAGGGAAAGAUACACAAAUUGAGAAGUUAAAUGGCGUGAUAACAAAGUUAGAAUCAGAUAUGGAAGCACUGGUUGGGGGGUUUCUAUUCUCAUGUAGAGAUAUGCGUACAAAUGACUUUAGCACUCUUCUGGAUACUUUAGAAAGUGAGAAAAAUCAAUUAUGUAGUUUAAAUAAAAUGCUUAAUGAACGUAUUGACGGAGAGCGUGAUAAGAAUGAGAACCUAAAUGAUCAAGUAGCUAAGCAAAAGAUACGCAUCGCUCGUUUGGAAACAAAAAUACGAGACCUUGAAAAAGAAUUAGACUCACAAAGUGAACGUAAAAAGCGUACUCAACGUAUUGCUGAAUAUAGUAAUACCGUAAAUAAUAUCAAUAGCUCAUUUAAUGGACGUUCUUAUACAUUCGAAAACUCAUCAAUGACUUCUUUACAAAGUAAAAAAUCCCUCAAGGAUAUUUCGGUGCAGCAAAGCAUAAGUGACUUGAAACAUGAAUUGCAGUAUUCAAAUGAGAAAAUUGCAUUGCUUGAAAAUAAAUUGGGACACUUACAAGAUGAGAAACAAAAGGAUUUGAUGACAUUCGAAGAGAUUAUAGAUAACACCAAGGAACGUAUUGUAAAAGCUCUCAAGCAGCAUAAUGAAGAUAAUCCUGUUUUCGUAGAAAAUGGAGGUUUUGAGGAAUUAUAAAUUUUCUGAAGACUAACAUAUAUUUUUUAUAAGACCACUAUUUUCGAUGUCAAUUAUAGUUUAUAUA